AGUGACGUAACACUUGCGCACCGAUCGUCGCUGCGGCUCUGCAGACAGACCUUCCCUUCGCCGCCGUCCCUGUCGUCGCGCAGCGGCGCGCGGACUUCCGCAGCUCCGAUUCCGGCCUUUGAGCGCCUGGCAGCCGUCCGCUCUCUUCACCCGAGCCAUGGCCGCAGCCGGCGGGCCGGAAGCUGCUGGACGCUCUCUCCUUCCCAGCCUCCUCUUGCUUCUGCUGAUCACUGGCCCCGCCCUCGGCUGGAACGACCCUGACAGAAUAUUAUUGCGGGAUGUAAAAGCCCUUACUCUCUACCACGACCGCUAUACUACCUCCCGUAGGCUGGAUCCGAUUCCACAGUUGAAAUGUGUUGGAGGCACAGCUGGAUGUGAUUCUUAUACCCCAAAAGUCAUACAGUGUCAGAACAAAGGUUGGGAUGGUUAUGAUGUACAGUGGGAAUGUAAGACUGAUUUAGAUAUUGCAUAUAAAUUUGGAAAAACUGUAGUGAGCUGUGAAGGCUAUGAAUCCUCCGAAGACCAGUAUGUACUGAGAGGUUCCUGUGGCUUGGAGUAUAACUUAGAUUACACAGAACUUGGUCUGAAGAAAUUGAGAGAGUCUGGAAAAAACUAUGGCUUUAACUCUUUCUCUGAUUAUUAUAACAAGCUGCACUCCUCAAAUUCCUGUGGCAUCAGUGGAUUGAUUACCAUCGUAGUACUACUUGCUAUUGCUUUUGGAGUUUAUAAAUUGUUUCUUAGUGAUGGUCAGGAUUCUCCUCCCCCGUAUUCUGAGUAUCCUCCAUAUUCCCAUCAUUAUCAGAGAUUCACCAACUCAGCAGGACCCCCUCCUGCAGGCUUUAAGUCUGACUUCACAGGACCACAUGGUGCAACUUCUGGUUUUGGCAGUGCUUUCACAGGACAAGGAUACGGCAAUUCAGGACCCGGGUUCUGGACUGGCUUGGGAACUGGAGGAAUACUGGGGUAUCUGUUUGGCAGCAAUCGAGCAGCAACACCCUUUUCUGACUCGUGGUAUUACCCAUCUCCUCCUCCAUCCUCCAGCACAUGGAACAGCCGCGCCUACUCACCACUUCGUGGAGCCUCAGGGAGCUAUUCGGAGUAUGCAGGCUCAGAGACGAGAACCAGAACAGCAUCAGGAUAUGGUGGUACCAGAAGACGAUAAGAAAGUAAAAAGUGGAAGUCAAACAUCGGAUGCAAAAUUUCUGACUUUUCAUCAGUUUCUUAAAAAAAAAAGUGCUACCUGCUAACAACGGGGGAAAGGGGAAUAUGCAAAAGUUCUGUGGGUUUUUUGUCCUGUGAUUACUUUUUGUGUUCUGUUACUUGAGACUAAGAGUUAAUACAUGAGAAAAUGCUUAUGUAGAGAAUUAUAUGCCAGUGUAAUAUGUAGUUGUGUUUGAUGGUUUCUGAAAGUGAUGAUUACUAUGGAAAGCUGAAAAUGUAGUUUCUAAAACCUGUGCUGCCAUUAAGACUGAGGCUUUGUUACCAUUAGACCUUGCGUACACAAAAUGUCAAUCUUACGUGGUUUUAGUGUAUGAGUCAUUACCUUAUGAAAAUGAUAGUAAUCUAUUUGGUAUUUACUGUUUGAUGUUUGCUCUUCUUCAAAUAUUUAAACCAGGCUUUGGACUACCAAUUACAUUUAUCUGUGUUCUGAUCACUUUUGAGCUCAGGAGCUUUGAACCCUUCAGUGGUGGUGGGGUACUACUAAGUGAGAAUGACCUUUUUUGGGAAAAGUAGAAAAUAAAUAUCUAGAACGUUGUUGUGAAUGAUUGUGUGCCGAUGAAAAUGUUCGAAACUUCCAUAUUCAUUUCUUGAGAAGUAAAGUUUAAAUGUUUCAGCAAAGGUCUUUUAAUAGCAGAAGCAUGCCCUUCUCUGUGAAUCUCCAGUGUUAUAGCAGUCUGUUUCCGUCUUACAUUAAAAUGACAGGAAACAUAAAAACAAAGGGUUUAAUUCUUAUUUUUUCUGCCAGCCUUGACACAAAUUGGUGUUAACUUUUUGUAUCCUUCUUCCCCAAGGAAAAGGGGUUCACACAGAAGCUGUCUCCCUGAUUUCCCCUGGUAGUCUUGUCUUAGCCACCAGUCACUUGGUGUUUUCAAAAAAGGAAUCAGAAAUGGUGUAGAAGGAGGCCUCUGCUAAAAAAUGGCUUAAAAAAAAAAAAAA